AUGAUGUUCACCACGUCAAAAGAAGAGAGAGAAAAGAUCAAGAAAAAGUUUAAAGCAAAAUGCCCAGAACCUUUGAACAGACAAUUUCCUGAGAGAGCAACAAAACAAGAUGCCAUAGAAAAUGAUGGUUUGAGGAAACGGAAGAUUGCCCAACUAUUCCCACCAGGUAAAUCAUGUAUACAAUUAAUCUAUUCAAACUUGUCAUAUUAAUCUAAAAAGGGUUAGAAAAUUGCCUGGACAAAUUAGUAAAAAUUAAAAUGGCUAUUUCUUAUUAUAUAGGUGAAGAUCAAGAAAAAGAAAAGGAAAAAGAACAAGAGCAUCCAACCAAAAAAACACGUUGCUGCAAAAAAUGUAAACAAGCAAUGAAAGGACUUCCCAGGUCACACUGUCCUACUCCAGAGUAA